AUGAUACAUAGUAACCAAGCCAUCCCUGCACCCGUCUAUGUGACAGAAAACCUUUUGAAGAAGAGAAAGGCUAAUGAAAAAGGAGCUGCUAUUAGAGCAAGAGAAAAGUUAGAAUUAAAAAAGAAACAAAGACAACUCCGUAAAACACAAUUUAAGCGUGCUGAUGAAUUUAUCCGUAAUCACCGUACAGCCGAGAAACAAGCUAAACGUCUUCGUGCCUUGACAUCAGGCAAAAUGAAGGGUUCUCAACGUAAAGGCGAUGGUAAACUCUUGUUUGUGGCCCGUAUCAAGACACAAAAUGCUAUUCACCCUCAAAUCAAAAAAGUGUUGACCAAACUUCGUCUUUUGAAAUUAAAUUCAGGUGUUUUUGUGGUCUGUGAUGAUUCGACUAUCAAAGAUCUUCAAAAGAUUGAACCUUUAGUGACUUAUGGUGCUCCCAGUCUCAAGACAGUCCGUGACUUGAUUAUGAAGCGUGGUGCUACCAUGAUUAAGGGUGUUCGUACGCCCCUUUCUGAUAAUAUGAUGAUUGAAGAAGCUCUUGGUCAAUAUGGCGUGAUUUGUUUAGAAGACAUUGUGCAUGAGAUUGUUGAAUUGGGUGAGCAUUUCAAUGAGGUCAGCAAGUUUUUGAUUCCCUUUGAAUUGAAUAAUCCUGUCAAGGGCUGGCGUCAAAAGAAAUUAAAGGAAAUCACAGAACGCGAUCAAGAUCAAAAUGCUGAAGAUGACAUUAACAAGUUGGUUGAAAGCAUGAAUUAG